AGAUGAAAAUAGAGCCUUUACUUUGAAAAACCGUGACCCGGAUGUACUACUAUUGUUGCUAACAAGUCAGCUGACUGGCAGAGUGAAAAUGCGGUUCCGUUUUUGUGGUGAUUUAGACUGUCCAGAUUGGGUUCUCGCCGAAAUUAGCACAUUGGCAAAAAUAUCAAGUGUCAAGAUGAAACUCCUCUGUGCUCAAGUGUUAAAAGACCUUCUUGGAGAGGGCAUCGAUUAUGACAAAGUCACAAAGCUAACUACUGAUGCAAAAUUUGAAAGUGGUGAUAUCAAAGCCAGUGUUGCAGUGCUGAGCUUCAUUUUAUCAAGUGCUGCCAAACAUGAUGUGGACAGUGAUUCACUUUCAAGUGAGCUGCAACAGCUCGGCCUUCCAAAAGAGCACACCACAGGCCUGUGUAAAUCAUAUGAGGACAAGCAUACUGCCCUGCAGGAUAAACUGAUAGAGACCAGCUUGAGACUUGGACGCCUAGAAGCCGUUUCAUGGAGGGUUGACUACACACUAAGCUCAAGUGAAAUGAGGGAGGUGAACGAGCCAUCGGUGCAGCUUAAACUGCAGGCGCAAGGUGCAGAGUCGGGCUCCACAGAGACCACAAUUGUGUCCAUUUCCGCAGACAAAUUUAGAGUCCUGUUGACAGAGCUAAAGCACGCUCAAGCCAUGAUGAAUGCACUGCAAUGAAGAUGGAGUAUGAACAAAUGUUUAGAACCAUCUACAGAAGUUUAUCAAUUAUUGAUGAAAGAUGUCCUUUUCUAAAGUGUCAGAGCUCAUUUUAGUUGGGUAUGUGAGCAAGAUACUCCAUACUUCUUACUUAUUGUUGGUAAUUGAUUCACCCUUAUUACCUGUAAUAAUGUAAUAUACAGAAUCAAGAAAGAUAUGACCAAAUUAGCAACAUUUGUAAAUAACCUUAUUCAUGUCAAUAUGUUUAAUUAACAUUUUUGUUUUGCAUGCCUUUUUGAUCAUGUUGACACAUGUAUGUAGAGAAAAAUAAAAAAUAUUUUAAUACUA